AUCUGUGCUCCUCUGAAGACUUCUUCGUCUUCGACAUUGUAGGAUUCUUCACAUCGUAUCCGCAGGCAGUUAGUUCCGAUCAAUGUGCAAAGACAGAAACACGUCCGACAAGUGGGUGUCAACACUGGUGUCAUGACCACAUGAGUUCAGUGAGAGUGUUCGGUUCCAGUCCCUGAGGAGCGUGAAUGGGCUCAAUGGCGAUUCAAGUGCUGACAGUUUUACUCUGGAUCUGGGGAUCCACCCAUUUGGGAUCCUGUGCCAUUCCAGGUGCGAAUUUGGCCUUCGAACAGACUGCACUUCAGAGCUCGACCUCGUGGAGUUACCGAGCCGACCUCGCUGUGGACGGCGAUAAAGACACUUGCAGCCUCACUCCAAGGGCGUCCGAACAGCGUUGGUGGCAAGUGAUCUUGCCAGAGGAUACCCAGAUCCAAUCCGUGGCCGUGAGUGUGAUGGCAGAAUCGGAGCAAGAGUUCACCAUCUUUGUCAUCGAUCUCGACGACAAAAAUCGAACCAACUUCAUCAAAUGCGAUUCGUUUCAAGGAAGAAUGACGAGACGAGAGAUGUUUCAGUGCCCGGGCAAUGGAUUGAGAGGGCACAAGGUUUACAUCAGAGAUGACAGAAAGGAGCUGAACCACCUGGAGCUCUGCGAGGUGGAGAUAUUUGGAUUUUACCACAGCCAGGAGCAAAUUCCAUGUGUACCCAUCUCGAUAAAAAAUGGUCAAGCUUCCUAUUCCAAAGACGAGGUCACUCAACAAGACAUGAUUGACUUUGUUUGCGACGAAGGCUUCGUCUUGUGGGGAAGCUCCCAAGGCAAAUGCUUGAGGAAUGGAAUAUGGGAGUUCAAUAUGAAACCAAGUUGCAACCCCAUGACCUGCGGGGAGCCUCCAAACCUUCCAAACACCCACGUGGUGUUACAAAGGGAGAAUAGGAACAAGACCGUUGCCGCAGAAUUGGGCGAUGAAGCUAUCUAUUCCUGUUCAGGUCAACUUCAAAUGGUGAAAAAUGGAACAUACAAUGCCUACAUCAUCGAAAUUAAAGCGGUUUGUUCCAUGGAUGGGACUUGGAGAAUGGAUUCCUUCUUCUCCUGUCUGAACCAAAGUGAGAUCGUAUCGGAUCUGGUUAUUUUGGAAAGUGACCAUUUUGUGUUUUGGGAAUGGCUCUUGUAUUUCCUUAUGGUCUUGCUCAUCGUGGUCCUGCUCUUGGUCCUCUUUUGUGCUCUCUGGCGCGCCAACCAAAAGCGGAACUCCGAGAAGGAGAACACGGUUGUCACCAGACCCAGGAACAUGAACAACCCAUACGGUACCAGUUUUUCUUUUAGCACCAAUUAUUUGCUACCCUCUCUCAAUGGUAAACCUGGAAUCCUAAAAAACGAGUCCCAGUUCAACGAGAAUUUUGAAGAGGACCAGAAUAACCAAAGAGGCCCGAGUAUCGACACGACAUCCUCUUCACUGCCGGAAAUGCGAUUCAACGAUGACGAACCGUUGGAACAACCACAAAAUAAUUCACGACAAUUACCCAUGAGUACUUUCAAGCCUCACCAACUCUAUUCUGGGGCUACGAACGUAUCGCCCACUCCCAAUUUGUAUUGGAGCCCUGACAUGCACCAUAAUCAAUAUCCCAACAUGUCCAAUUGGGACCUGAGGGUCAAAGCAUUUCCCUUGGAGGUAGCUGGGCCAGGGUCUUCUUUUCCCUCCAAUUACACCCCAAUCCUGCACAACAACCUCAACGAACCUCAUCAACCAUACUAUACAAACUUGGCCGAAGCGGCAUUCACCGCCAAUCCGAAUGGGAAAAAUCUUCCCCAAAUUGACGAGGCCGGAUAUGCCAGCUUGAUUAUCAAGCCUCGAAUCAUCCCCCGAGAAUCUGGCACUAGGAUCCAUGACCAACCUCAUCAAUAUCAAAACACUCAAAUGGCUCAUAAUCCGUUGCUGGGAUAUCCGGAUCUAUUGAAGAACACAGAGGAGAACCCAUAUGUGAAUGAUGAGGUGAUUGCAGCCAAUUCCGCGGAAAUGUACGCCAAAAUUGAUUUGUCAAAAAAGCGAAACAGUCGAAGAGAGGAAGACGAGGACAAAGAGGUCGACGAGACUUUGGGGCAGAACCACGGAGAGGGGGCCGAAAGAGUCCGUCCGGCACAAGAUCGGGCAUCUCAAACACCCCAGCCCCGGGUUUUAGAGCAAGAUUUGAUCAAUAAAUUUGACCGAUUUUUCAACACGGACCAAGUGAGCCAUUGUUGAUAGAAAUAAAUAGAUAUAUUCAUGUAAGAAA